CCCACUCACGCCUGGCCUCAUCCUAUCAUUAUCCAAGCCGUCGGUGGUAAACUGAGACUCGUUAACGACACCAAGGAGCCUCUACUUAUUCGUAAGAAGGACCAUUUCUGUCAGGCACGCCUAACUGUUUCCGAUCAUUCCCAGGAACCCUCUAAGAUCAGAACCUCCUCUUCGCCUCCUAAGAUUACCGCUCCUGACCUCUUCCCUGUAGAGUCUGUCCGUAUGGAUCCCGACGGUUUGCUAUCUGCCUCUGGGAAAGCCUCGUUCAUGUCACUCCCAAGAGAAUUCCAAGUGGUCUUUGAUCCUCGCAUCCUUGGCUACAAUGGUGCCGCUGGCCCAAUCGAAGGCAUCGUGAACAUGGGUCCUGUCGAACCUCCCCAACGCAAAGGGCGUGUCCCGCAGUACUCUCGAGUCCAGGUUGACCUUCUUUAAAACAAGAGGUGCAAGGAAUCUUCCGCUGCCCUCAGGACAUAAAGGUCGUCGUAGAGUACGUGAAUCCCCUCCCUGGAUAUGGUGCCAAGGUUCUAUCCACGCUUCACCGCAUCGCAUAGCCGCUCUGGCGUCCUGUGAACCCCCCAAAACUGUUCGUGGACUCCGCGCUUUUGUUGGUUCCUACAAAAUGCUCGGCCGGGUCUUUAGUGGUUGCGCCCAACUCCUUGCUCCGCUCGAGUCGCUUACUGCCGGUCAUCAAUCUCAGGAUACAGUCGUCGGGUCUGAUAACCUCUUAGCAUGUUUCUGCUCCUCUCAGGAGGCUCUGACUUCCAACAAAUCAAUCGCUCUCCCCAAACCUGAAGAUCAACUCUGGAUCGUGACUGAUGAGUCUGUCAAGAUGAGUGGCCUUGGUGCAACCCUUUACAUUCUCCGCGACCAGAAGCUCCACCUUGUCGGUUUCUUCAGCGCUAAGUUUAAAAAACAUCAAGCUUCUGGGCUGCCAUGUGAAAUAGACGCCCAAUCCAUUGGUGCUGCUGUCAAGCACUUUGCCCCAAGUCUUAUGUUCUGACUGACAGUAAGCCGUGCUUCCAGGCCUUUGAGAAACUUUGUCGUGGUCAAUUCUCCUUCAGCCCCCGCCUGACUUCAUUCCUGUCAACUGUUAGCCGCUACCAGAUCUUGCUGCUCCAUCUAGCCGGCUCUGCUAACCUACCAUCUGACUUCGCUAGUCGCAAUGCUCCAGCCUGUGAUGACCCCCGCCGUCAAAUUUGCUCUUUCCUAUCCGAAGCAGAGGAUCUCGCUGUUCGCCCUAUUUUUAUUCAUGAUGUACUUUCCGGACUUGCCUCCUUGCCACUCACAAGUUGCCCCGCCUGGCUCCAAACUCAGCUCGAAUGAUCAGAUCUUAGACGCGUCCACUCGCACCUUAAGCAGGGCACCCCCCUUCAAAGAAAUUGACUAUCAUCAAAGACGUCAAACGUUACCUAAACGUCGUCACCAUCUCUCGAGACGGACCCCUCGUUGUAAGACGCGACGAGCCUUUUGCUUCUCCUCACGAAUGUAUAGUCAUUCCUCGUGCCGUCAUAGAUGGCUUCCUUUCCGCCCUGCAUGUAAAGCUGAACCAUCCCUCCCGCCAUCGGAUGAAGCUGAUCAUUCAGCGUUAUUUCUUUGCUUUAGUCCUCGACAAAGCCCUGGAUAGGUGCUCACAGUCUUGCCACUUGUUCUCUUCGUUGAAAAACGUUUCAUCCAGUCUCGUGGAGCAAUCUACCUCUGAUCCUCCUGAGGGUGUGGGUAUCUCCUUCGCCGCAGACGUCAUGAAGCGUUAUCGUCAGCUGAUACUUGUAGUCCGCGAGACUUCCACCUCCUACACUGCUGCGUGCCUACUGAAUGACGAGUGCCGAGAUUCUAUCCGUGCAGGUCUCCUUCGGCUCUGCCUCGAGCUGCGUCCACUGGCCUGCCCCCCGCCCCCGCCGUCAUUAGGGUAGAUCCCGCCCCUGGCUUCUCGUCACUGUCCAACGGUGCAACCCUUCGUCAGUACGGCUUUGCUGUAGAAGUUGGUCGCGUGAAAAACCCAAACAAGAACCCUGUUGCUGAAAAGUGCGUCGCUGAACUCGGUGAUGAGCUUCUCCGUAUUUGCCCAGAG